AUGAUGUCAGAAAAAGUUCAACCGGACCUUAUUGAAGUUUCAAGCGAAGUAUCUGAAAUAGAUGAUAACUACGAUGAUUAUGAAGGACAUUUGAGUAAAGCAACUGAGCAAGUUGACAGCGCUAAGAAGAGGAAAUUUGCUGAAGAUGAGGAUGAAUCUGUGAACAGAAAAAAAAAUAAUCCGGUUCUCAAGCUGGCUAAUGACAUUGAUAAAAAUAAUGAUUUUAUUGCGUUUUCUGAAUCAAGUUCCGAUGAAGAAGAAGUUAAGGAAGACGGGGACGAAGGUGUUGAUAAAGACGGUGCCACUAUCUUGAAUACUGAUUUCCCAUGGAUCAUUAACCAUGACCAUUCGAAACAAAAAGAAGUUGCCGAUUGGUUAACAUUAGAAAUUAGAGAUUUUGUGUCGUAUAUCUCUCCAAAUAGAACUGAAAUUGAAAUGAGAAAUCAAACAAUUAACAAUAUACGUAACUCUAUCAAAGAACAUUGGCCAGAUGCUGAUUUGCAUGUAUUUGGAUCUUAUGCUACAGAUUUAUAUCUACCCGGUUCCGAUAUUGAUUGUGUGAUAAAUAGUAACAAAGGUGACAAAGGUAGUAGAAGCCUGAUGUACUCUCUUGCUAGUUUCCUGAAACGCAAAGGUUUAGCAACAGAUAUAACAAUUAUUGCAAAUGCUCGUGUUCCAAUUAUAAAAUUUGUAGAGCCAGUAUCUGGAAUUCACAUCGAUGUCUCAUUCGAAAGGGAUAACGGUUUAGAUGCGGCUAACAUAAUAAGAUCAUGGUUAACUUCCACUCCGAGUUUAAGAGAACUGGUGUUGAUUGUCAAGCAAUUCCUAAAUUCCAGAAGAUUAAAUGAUGUUCAUACUGGUGGACUGGGUGGUUUUUCAAUUAUUUGUUUAGUAUAUUCAUUCUUAUCGUUACAUCCAAGAAUAAUCACUAAAGAGAUUGACGCUAGAGAGAAUUUAGGUAUUCUACUGAUUGACUUUUUUGAACUAUAUGGGAAGAAUUUUGGCUAUGAUCAUGUUGCAUUGACAGUACGUGAUAAUCAGCCGAAAUAUCUACCGAAAUCGCAAUGGAAAGGUUUAAAUGCGAAAAAUUCAUUCACGUUAGCUAUUCAAGACCCAGGUGACGAAACAAAUAAUAUCAGCAGAGGUUCCUUCAAUUUAAGAGAUAUCAAGAAGGCGUUUGCCGGCGCAUUCGACCUUUUAACUAACAGAUGUUUUGAAUUAGAAGCUGCCUCAUUUAAAGAUCGUUUGGGGAAAAGUAUAUUAGGUAAUGUGAUCAAGUAUAGAGGUGUCGAGAGAGAUUUUAAUGAUGAUAGAGGGUUAGUUAAGAAUAAAGCUAUAGAAGAAAACAAGAGCUACAUUAAAAAAAGAAGCAGCAUUGUCCACGAUGCACAAGAUCUUUCGGAUGAUGAACGCCAACAUCCAAGGAAACGAAAUAAAACUUCAUCAAGAAAGAAACCUGUGCCCAAGGAAAAUAAUGAAGAUGAAGAUGAUGAUUACAUUCCAGUGUUAGAAUAG